AAAGUGAGUUUCGGCAAUUGCUGCAAUUGCAAAGAAAUUAGGUCAAAAAGUGGAGAAGAUGGAGCAAGGGUGGCGUUCUGUUGUGAAAGUUCGUCAACAACAUGUUUCUCAACUUCGUACUGUCUUUCAUUUGGAGCAGAUCAGCGUUAUGACCAAUCUUGGUAUCCUUGAUGAUGUUGAGAAAAUCAUAUACGACGUUGAUCAAGGUUUUUCUUUCUGUUUCAAUAUAAUAUCUUGUGCUUGGUAUUUUGCGACACUUAUAGGGGACAUAGUUCCUGUCAAGUCUAAUUGGGCUAUGAUUAUUCCUAGAACUGAAAGAUACCUUUUUUCUGUUGAAAUCGUCCCCAUUUGCUGCGGGGAUUUGAUCUUUCUGCCUCCUAAUGUUGUUGCUUCUUUGGGUCCAAAUAUUGGUCCUAUUGUCAUAUGCACUAGGGUUGCCAAAACAUUUACUUUGCUUGAUCCAUUUACCUUGACCCACUGUUUCUUAGAUGCUCAUCAGUACUGGAAAGCACCAUUCACACAUUCAUUCAAUAGGACUCAGUUAGUCGAAUAUGUUGUUCUCGAUAUUGUCCUCCUCCAGGACAACCAACAGGACAACCAAGAUGAAGAAGAAGAGGUGGUGGAGGAGAACAGGGAGAAGAAGUAUGCUGCUGCUGCUGCUGCCGCCAAAAAAUAUCGUUUAGCUGAUGCUGUGGUUGCUCGUGUGAAAGAUACUGGAAAUAAUGACACAACUUUUCAAAUCAGGACUCAUCUCGGUCGUAUCUUAAAACCCGGUGACCAUGCUCUUGGUUAUGACCUGUCUGGAGGAGAAGGAGGAGCUGACACCAACACCAAUAACAACCUUCCUGCUGCCAUUUUGAUCAGCAAGAUUAGUUAUGCCGAAGUGAAUGGUAGAGUUGUUGCUGUCAAGGAUAAGUGGGAAUCUGAUUAUCAACUCUUCUUCAAUGAUCUACAACAAGACCCUCAACUACUCUUCAAGAUAACAGCAGCCUACCGAAAUCCAAACAACCACUACACAUAUGACGGGCCCUUCGUAGACCCCCCUACCAGACCUUUUGAUCCAUUGGAGGACUUGCUUGACGGAUGAUCUAGUCACUAGCUUAAACAAAAAUCACUUUUGUUGAUGUUUUGUUUGUUCCAAUAACAACAACAAUCAAGGAAGCUGCUCUUCAUUUAUUAGGUUCUUUCUAUUUGCAAUUUCUGUUUCAUGUUUAUGUUUAUUCAAAUGACAAGAACAAGUGCUUUUCACUUAGGUUGCUGCAGUUUGCAAUUUCUGUUUGAUAUUUAUGUUUAUUCCGAUUACAAGAACAAGUUAUGUGUGUUGAUCUUGCUUCCCAAACCAUGCCUGUGGAUCUGUUAUAUGGAUUCAUUCCUGUGCUGGGUUUAAAUAUUUUGUGGAUCUGUUAUAUUGUUUGUUAUAAAUAUGUAAAUAAAUAGUUCACUCUAUUUGUUCUUGAGUUCUGAUUAAUCUACUAGUUCCUGGCUA